GACGCUAGUGAAGCUAAUUUAAAACAACACUCGCCCGAUGUCUAGGGCAAAAGCGAAAGAACAGCUCAAGCUCAAUGGAGGAUCAGUCUUGAUGAGGAAAUAGUCUCUGUUUAGCACCGCAACGAGCUGCAGUUCAGAUUUACGUCCAAAAUCUGCUCAAGAGAACGACUCGCCGUACGUCUACGCAUCAGAAACACGUAGAAGUGAGAAAGCAAAGCGAAAAGGGAGAGGAUUAGCGAAGGGAAACAACAUCAUAAAUGAUGUAUCUAAACACGGAAAGAUCAAGAUUAGUUUUGAUUCACUAAGGAAAACAUGGAAAGCAGUAGGGCCGAAAGCUUCUUGGUGGUCAAGUGCAAUUGGGAUACACACACGAGACUGUUGCGAGCCAUUCCACGAUAGGUGGGACGAUGUUCCGGCUUGUCAAAAAGCAAUGAUCCACCAGCGGAUGCUGGAUUGGUUUGAGUUUGAGAAUGAGCGUGAAUUUGAUGAAGUGCUGAAUCGUGAUGCUCGAGAGUCUUACAAUGAUUGGAAAAGUGAUUUAUCUGUGUAUUUUAAAAACAAUGGAGGUAUGCAAGCUAAGAAACUAGUAAAUGUACGAAGUGAUGACCAUUGGCAGAGGUGUUGUGAGAGAUUCAAUUCAACAAAGUUCAAGGAGAUCUCUGGAAAAAAUAUACAAAAUAGAGAAUCAAGUGAUGAUAAAAGUGGGCAUGGAAGAAAAUCAUAUGCCCGAUACAUGCACGAAAAAGAUAAUCCGAUAACUGGUGAGCAAUCUUCGGCUCUUGAGAAUCGGAAGGAUCAACGCCUGACUCGUAGUGGUGAAUGGAGGACUAAAGAAGCACAUGAAAAAUAUGUCCAAAUGAGCGAGGAGUACCAGACACAACUAGAACAAGCAGGGUCAUCUUCAUCAAUAAAUGAAAUUGAGAUCAUGAACCGAAACUUGAAGAAUCAUCGAGGACGACAAAGUGGAGUAGGCCCUACACUGUCAAAGAGUGCACCGCGUCGCUUGGAAGAUGGUGCUACUUCUACAUUGCAAGAUCACCGUGAUGCUCAGAUAAGUGAAUUGCGGGCAAAUCAGGAAUUGAUACUCAGUGCUCUACGACAUUUUAUUCCCAGCUUUCAGUUGCCUUCACGCGCCUCCGGAAGCGAUGCUCCUUCGAUGUCCAGUGCGAAUCAACCUGAUGAGAGCCACAAUGAUGAUGAUUAGAAUUAGUGAAAGCAUGUUUAAUACGCGUUCUAAUUUGUUAAGGUGGAUGAAUUUAUAUUUGCUUGAAUUAUGACUUUGUUUGAGAUGAAUUACUUUAAUUUUGACGUUAAUUUAAUAUUAUUAGACAUUCAAUGAAUUGAUAUGUUGGGAAUUAUCUUAGAUUUUGUCAUUUUGAUUUUGUCAACUUUGAUCUUGAUUAAAA